UAUCAUACUGUACUUUCGUUUAUAAUUUGGUUAGUCGUCUAAUUUCAAGUUUUGUUGGUCUGUAUUUUUCCCCUCUAUCUUCACUGUGCAAGUGGCUAAUUUUACAAAGACAGACUCUGACUUCGUAUCUCCAAAAAGCCCUACUUUCGCUGGCAAUUCUUGAAACAUUUUCAAAUUGGCUAAGCUCUCUAAAUUAAAUUCCAAUUUUGAAUCUUACGCAUUUUCUGUCAAAGAGAUCAAGAAGCAGCCCAAAAUCGUCCAAUCUUAGAAAAAGAGGAUGGCGGGAGCAGAGGCAUUUGUUGAAGCGGACAAUGCAGAGGCUAUUAUCACGAGAAUUGAACAUAAAUCUCGCAAGAUCGAAAGCUUAUUGAAGCAAUUUAAACCGGUAGAGGCACUUAAAACUGCCCUCGAAGGCUCACCUCCCAAGACUCAAGACGAGCGGUGCAAGUCAGCUAAUUGGAUAGUGGUUCAUAGAGCAAUUAUGGCUAUAAAAGAUGUGGAUGGCAUGUUCUCUUCUUUGGAUCCUGAGUACUAUGAUAUUCUCAUGAAGUACCUCUAUAGGGGUUUGUCUACAGGAGAUCGGCCCACUUGUGACCAAUGCCUACGAAUACAUGCUAAGCUGACAGAAAGAGCUGGUUUGGGAUGCAUACUCCGCUGCCUUGCAGACACGAUCAUUGCAACAAGCGGUUUUAAAGAAAAAGAGACAUGGCAGAUUAAUUUUGAACUGGGAUGAUGUGAGAUUGGUCGUGAUUUUAAGGACCUUUUCAAACAUUGCUAAUGAUUUUGCUUUCCUGUGUAGUUGGGGUGGGUUUUCUUAAAGCAAGUUGCUAUAAGGUAGAAAAAUCAUGUCUGGAUUUUGCUUGUUUAAACUUUAUCUCGAGCCAAUCAGAGGUGAGAGCCAUUAUCAAAAAUAUAUAAAC